UUCUUCACCUCUCUUUCUCUUUCUACCAUCUGGGUUUAAUUUUGCCUGUUUUGUUUUCCUCACUUUUGCAGAUUCUCAAGGAUUCUUCAAAGUUUUAGUCUUUUUGUGUUUUUUUUAUUCUCCAGAUUCUUCAGAACAAUCUCUCACUAAAUCAGCUUCUUUAAUUUGAUUCCAUCAUUAAACUAUUCGUUAGUUUUCCCCGUUUGAUUCCUAUAUAUCUUUAGAUCCUAUAAAUAGCUUCAGUCUUUCACUACACCCACAAAUCAAGUCUCAAGCUUCCAAAACAUUUGCGAGAACAAAACUCAUAUAUAAGUACUUUAUAGGUGUGAAACUUAUAGCCUUUAAACGAUGGAGACUCUGCAUCCACUACUCUCGCACGUGCCAACCUCUGACCAUCGGUUCGUAGUUCAAGAGAUGAUGUGCUUGCAAGGUUCGAGCUGGACUAAAGAAGAGAACAAGAAGUUUGAGCGAGCCCUCGCUGUCUAUGCUGAUGACACGCCUGACCGCUGGUUCAAAGUUGCGGCUAUGAUCCCUGGAAAGACCAUAUCAGAUGUCAUGAGGCAAUACUCUAAACUUGAAGAAGACCUCUUCGAUAUCGAAGCAGGACUUGUCCCAAUCCCGGGUUACCGUUCUACUCCAUGUGGAUUCGAUGAUCAGUUCGUGAGUCAGCGUGACUUUGAUGCGUAUCGUAAACUGCCUAAUGGAGCCAGAGGAUUUGAUCAAGAUCGUAGGAAAGGAGUCCCAUGGACGGAGGAAGAACACAGGAGGUUUUUGUUAGGUCUUCUCAAGUACGGGAAAGGAGAUUGGAGAAACAUAUCGAGGAACUUUGUGGGAUCAAAAACACCAACUCAGGUUGCAAGCCAUGCUCAAAAGUACUACCAGAGACAGCUCUCCGGCGCCAAAGACAAACGUCGACCUAGCAUUCACGACAUAACCACCGUUAAUCUUCUCAACGCCAAUCCCAACCGUCCAUCUUCUGAUCAAGGCUGCUUCGCUUCUUCACAACAGGCCGACCCGAAACAAGAGUUCACCCACAAGGAAAAUGCAGAGGAGAGAGUGAUGUUUCUUGGUCAGAAUCUUUCCUCAGUUUUGUCUCCCUACGAUCCUACCUUUAAUUUCGCCGGAGCAAAUGUUUACAGUGACGGAGGCUACACUAUCACAAUAUCCUGAUCGAGAAAAUUGUCGAAUUUUGAAAUUGUAAUUAUGAACAAACUCCAGAAUUAUGUGUUAUGGUUAAAAUUACAAUUAUGGUUAUGUUACAUGAUUAGACGAAUGUGACUAUGUGAAUAUAUAUGUUAUGUUUUGUGGAAUUAGCAUAA